CUCCUGCCGCUGGUGGAUGAAACCAAGUGUGAGGGGAAGACAGAGAGUCGCGCGCGCAGGGGUCGCGCGCUCCACCCGCAGGCACGCUCCCUGAGGCCAGCGGCCACCCCUCCCAUGGCGGCGCAAUAUGGCCCGGCCCGGGGCGAGGGGGCGGGGACCCGGCCUUGAAGAGCCGGCCUUUGAGCUAAAGGCGGGAAAUGGCGGAUUCCUCGGGACGCGGGGCUGGGAAACCUUCCACGGGGGGUCCCGGUACUCCCAGUGGUGCUAAGAUGAAAGGAAAAAGAACACAAGGUGGAAGAGUGGUUGAGUCCCGAUACUUGCAGUACGAGAAGAAAACCACCAAAAAGCCUUCUGCAGCAGAUGCAUUAAAGACCAGUGGGAAGAUGCCGGAAGGGGGAAGGAAACUCCAACUGCUCCGGAAGAGCAAAGACAGCAGUGGAAUCGGGAAGGGUGACCUGCAGUCCACGUUGCUGGAAGGGCAUGGCACCGCCCCGCCGGACCUGGACCUCUCAGCCAUCAACGACAAAAGUAUGGUUAGAAAGACUCUGCAAUUAGAAAAAACGAUGUCUAAGAAGACUGAGUCAUCGUCAUUUUCUUCUUCACAGAGAAAGAGCCCGGACCUGUCGGAGGCAAUGGAAAUGAUGGAAUCCCAAACGUUGCUCCUGACCCUGCUGACCGUAAAGAUGGAGAACGGUCUCGCUCCGUUCGAACAAAAGGCAGAGAGGAACUUAUUAAUAAUGUGUAAAGAGAAGGAGAAGCUACAGAAGAAGGCCCACGAGCUGAAGCGCAAACAUCUCCUCACUCAGAGGAAGCGGGAACUAGCAGACGUCCUUGACGCUCAGGUCUCUGCGCUGCGUGUCCCGGGAGGGGGUGCGGUGUGCCCGGCAGGGCAGUCAGAGGGAGUUCUGACGGGAGGUGUCCCUGCCGCCUGGGUGUUGGUAUGUGACAACAGUUUGCAGCGGGAGUUGAUGACCACAUGCCAUCUGCUGGAAGAACUGGGGAUUGGCAGUUUAGAAGAAAACGUGAAAGCUCUGGACCUGCUGAGCGAACUCAAGGAAACAACCCAAAAGAAGGAUCUGGAGCUCCGAAGGAGCUUCGCCCAGGUGCUGGAACUCUCUGCCGAGGCAAGUAAAGAGGCGGCCUUAAUCAACCAAGAGGUCUGGGAAGAAGCCCAGGGCCUGGAGGCCCCCAGCCGGUGGUACUUCAGCCAAGAAGGCGCCUGUGGGGAGGCCCCCGGAGAGGUCGGGACGCCACUCCUGUUGGGCGCCGGUGAGCCACAUGCGGUGUGAGUCUACACGCAAGCUGUGUUCCCCCCUCACAAGUGGGGACCUCCUUGCAAACCGCCGGGAAGAAAGCCCAUCCCCUCCCCCUGGAUCAGGGCAUACGUGUGCCAUGGUGGCGCGUGUGUGACACUCUGGGAACUCAAGCACUUUAGACACUAGUUUAGCAAUGUAGCUGUUUUUGUAUGAGCGUAUCACUUGUUAUGUAAAGAAUAAAACUUGUGCAUUUGAGCCUCGGUUGCUAUGUCAGGGACCAGGA